UCAGAUAAUAUCUCUAAAAAAAAGCUAUAAAAUUUCAGUAUUUCACUUCACAGUCUGGUGUAUGCUGAAAAGUGAAAAAGAAAAAUGGCUUCUUUGAUAGUAAGUCAACUUGGUUUUCCAUCAGAAAAUGGUUACAAAGUGUGGGAAGAUCAAUCUUUUAUUAAAUGGAGAAAAAGGGACCCUCAUGUUACUUUGCAUUGCCAUGAAUCUGUUGAAGGAUCUCUUAAAUACUGGUAUGAACGCAAUAAAGUGGACCUUUCAGUAUCCAAAUCGGCAGUUUGGAAUGAUGAUGCUGUUCAGAGUGCACUUGAGAGUGCGGCUUUUUGGGUCAAAGGCUUGCCUUUCGUCAAGUCUUUGUCUGGUUAUUGGAAAUUUUUAUUGGCUUCCAAUCCUACUGCUGUUCCGAAAAAUUUCUAUGAAAGUUCAUUUCAGGAUUCCGAUUGGGAAACUUUGCCGGUUCCUUCCAAUUGGCAAAUGCAUGGAUAUGAUCGGCCUAUUUAUACCAACGUUGUGUAUCCGUUUCCGCUUGAUCCUCCUCAUGUUCCUACUGAUAACCCUACAGGCUGUUACAGGACAUACUUUCACAUUCCUAAAGAAUGGAAGGGUCGCCGGAUUUUGUUGCACUUCGAAGCUGUUGAUUCUGCCUUCUGUGCUUGGGUAAACGGAGUCCCUAUUGGAUACAGUCAGGAUAGUAGAUUGCCUGCUGAGUUUGAAAUAACAGAUUAUUGCUAUUCAUGUGACUCGGACAAGAAGAACGUUCUAUCCGUUCAAGUAUUUAGGUGGAGUGAUGGAUCUUACCUUGAAGAUCAAGAUCAUUGGUGGUUAUCCGGUAUUCACCGUGAUGUGCUUCUCCUUUCUAAACCACAGGUCUUCAUUGCGGAUUACUUUUUCAAAUCAAACCUUGCUGACAACUUUUCUUAUGCAGAUAUACAGCUUGAAGUGAAAAUAGAUUGCUCGAGAGAAACACCUAAAGAUAUAGUGCUUACGGACUUUAUCAUAGAAGCUGCAUUAUAUGAUGCUGGGAGCUGGUACAACUGUGAUGGAAAUGUUGAUCUGCUGUCAUCGAAUGUGGCUAACAUAGAGCUCAACCGCUUUCCCACUCAAACUCUAGGAUUUCAUGGUUAUAUGCUUGAGGGGAAACUAGAAAACCCCAAGUUAUGGUCAGCAGAACAUCCGAAUUUGUACACACUGGUUAUCAUACUUAAGGAUGCAUCUGGCAAAAUAGUCGACUGUGAAUCAUGCCUAGUUGGUAUAAGACAAGUAUCGAAAGCCCCUAAGCAGCUACUUGUUAACGGGCAUCCUGUCGUAAUAAGAGGUGUGAACAGGCAUGAGCAUCAUCCGCGUUUGGGGAAGACAAACAUAGAGGCUUGCAUGGUUAAGGACUUGGUCGUAAUGAAGCAAAACAAUAUCAAUGCUGUGAGAAACAGCCACUAUCCUCAACAUCCCCGUUGGUAUGAGUUGUGUGACCUGUUUGGAAUGUAUAUGAUAGAUGAAGCCAAUAUUGAAACACAUGGUUUUGAUCUUUCUGGACAUCUGAAGCAUCCUACUCAGGAACCUAGUUGGGCUGCUGCGAUGAUGGACCGUGUUAUAGGCAUGGUUGAAAGGGACAAAAAUCAUGCAUGCAUUUUUUCGUGGUCCUUGGGAAAUGAGGCUGGAUAUGGACCUAAUCAUUCUGCUUCAGCUGGAUGGAUUCGUGGAAGAGAUCCUUCACGAGUAGUACAUUAUGAAGGUGGUGGAUCUAGAACCCCAUCCACCGAUAUUGUAUGCCCAAUGUACAUGCGUGUAUGGGAUGUAGUGAAGAUUGCAAAAGAUCCAAAUGAAUCUCGUCCUUUGAUAUUGUGCGAGUAUUCACAUGCCAUGGGAAACAGCUGUGGAAACAUACAUGAAUAUUGGGAAGCAAUUGAUAACAUUUUUGGCCUUCAAGGUGGCUUUAUAUGGGAUUGGGUUGACCAGGCCCUAUUGAAGGACAAUGGAAAUGGUAGCAAAUACUGGGCUUAUGGUGGUGACUUUGGGGAUUCUCCCAAUGAUUUAAACUUCUGCUUGAAUGGCAUUACAUGGCCAGAUCGAACUCCUCAUCCCACCUUACACGAGGUUAAGUAUGUCUAUCAACCGAUCAAGGUUUAUCUAAGGGAAAGCACAGUUAAGAUAAAGAACACUAAUUUUUAUGAGACAACAGAAGGAUUGGUGUUUGAAUGGGCUGUUCUUGGGGAUGGCUGUGAACUUGGAUGUGGAAUUCUCUCCCUUCCUGUGAUUGAACCUCAGAGCAGCUAUGAUAUCGAAUGGAAGUCUGGCCCAUGGUAUCCUCUAGGGGCUUCCUCAGAUGCCGAAGAAAUAUUUUUAACAAUCACUACUAAACUUUUGCACUCCAAGAGGUGGGUAGAAGUUGGUCAUGUGGUUUCAUCGACACAAGUCCAGUUGCCUUCCAAAAGAGAUAUUGUACCUCAUAUCAUCAAAACAAAAGACGAUGUCCUUUCCACCGAAAUUCUUGGGGAUAAUAUCAUUAUUAGCCAGUCGAAGCUAUGGGAGAUUACAUUUAAUACAAAAACUGGAAGUCUCGAUAGUUGGAAGGUUGAAGGUGUCCCUAUAAUGAAAAAUGGCCUGUUCCCAUGCUUUUGGCGAGCACCAACAGACAAUGACAAAGGGGGAGGUCCGAGCAGUUAUCAGACUAAGUGGAAAGCUGCCUGCAUUGAUGAGAUAGUUUUUCUUACUGAAAGCUGUUCUAUACAAAAUAAGACGGACAAUGUUGUGAAAAUAGCAGUUGUUUACCUUGGUUUCAUUAAGGGUGAGGAUGGCACUUUAGAUGAGUCGAAAAAAGCAAGUGCUUUAUUCAAAGUUGACAUGCUUUACACAAUCCAUGCGUCUGGUGACAUCGUAAUUGAAUCCAAUGUAAAACCAAGUUCUGGUCUUCCUCCUUUACCACGUGUUGGAGUUGAAUUCCACUUGGAAAAGUCGGUGGACCAAGUGAAAUGGUAUGGAAGAGGGCCAUUUGAGUGUUACCCAGAUCGAAAAGCAGCAGCACAUGUUGGGGUUUAUGAGCAAUCAAUAGAAGGGAUGCAUGUUCCUUAUAUAGUUCCAGGGGAGUCCGGAGGUAGAGCGGAUGUCAGAUGGGUGACAUUUCAAAACAAGGAUGGCUGUGGAAUUUAUGCUUCAACAUACGGAAAAUCUCCACCUAUGCAAUUAAAUGCAAGUUAUUUUAGCACCGCUGAGCUUGAUCGGGCAGUGCGCAAUGAAGAACUUAUCAAAGGGGAUACCAUUGAGGUCCAUCUUGACCACAAGCACAUGGGUAUCGGUGGAGAUGAUAGCUGGACACCCAGCGUACACGAGAACUAUCUGGUUCCAGCCGUGCCGUACUCGUUCUCAAUCCGGUUAUGUCCCGUAACUUCAGCUACUUCUGGCCAAAAUCUCUACAGGUCCCAACUUCAAAACUGAGUUCAUUCUCAUUGUGUUUUAUUUGCAAGAUAUGAGGGAUGCCCUUAGUUUGACACUGUAAUAAGGCGUUCCCAUUGAACUUUCUUUUCAUGCGGAUUCAAAUGUGGCUUUAUGUUAAUAAAUAAAUAAAAGAAAAUCUUAUUUCCAUACCCAAAA